ACAACGAGUUAGUGACAUGCUGCACUUGGCUUCUUCCUUUGGAAAGUGACAGGUGUGGCAUAGAAGGCAAAAAUUAUGUGAGAUUGUGGAUCUUAGUACUAGAUAGAAAUAGUGGUCUGGUAUUUUUUUUUACCACAAAAGAAAAAUACUCCGACUUCAUAUAACUAUGGGGUUGUUUGUUAAAAAAAACUCAGGGUAUUAGUUAGCUCAAAAUGGUGCGCUAAAUUACAAAGCUCAAAACACGGAUCGAUCUGUUAAACUUGUUCAAAUAAAACAUACUCUGCUCCGCGGCUCCACCCCAGCUUGCCUCAGUAAGAUGCCACCUUAGGAGCACCUCACUGGCCUAUUGCCCGUUGUCGGUGUUGAUUUAGAUAUGUGGUUGGUCGGAUUCUGUUGCUCUGUUACCAACAGCUUGUCAUUUUGUCGAACAUCUUGUAGGCAUUGGUUCCACCAAGGAAUCGAUUGACGAAUGUUGGAAGCAUGUUGUAACAAAGAAUUGGUGAAUAAUUUCAUGUUAUUAUUUGUAUGGAUCGGUCAUUAUUUGUAAAUGUCCUCUUUUUUUUGUUGUGUUCGAUAAAUUCGUGAUAUUCACAGAUAGGCAUUGUCAAUCUUGUACAUUUGCUCUGUGGGUUAUUGGGCUUGAUCACCUCGGAAGUUUGUUUUCGUCCUGUUCAAGUGCAUGCUGCAUUGACUUCCUUCUUUCGGAAAGUGAAUGGUCAUGGCACUGACACAGUAGAGGGCGGAAAUCAUGAGAUAGUUGGCUGUUUGUACAAGUUAGAAAAAUACUCUGGUCUUCCUAUAUUUUUUUUAAUGCUGGGCGAUUACUGAACCCUGAUAUAAUUGGAGAAUGACGAAUUCUACCCCCUCUGUUCCAAAAUAUAUCCUAUACCUUGUCCUAUGUUAAAGUUGACCAUGUUUCUACAAAAAAAAUACAGCACCCACAAUAUUAAAGAUAUACACUAUGGAAACAUAUUUUAUGAUGGAUCUGUUGAUGUUGGUUCGGUAUUGUAGAUGUUGCUAUUUUUCCGUAAACCUUAUUAAACUAACUUUGACUUAUGGGUCUUAUAUGUUGGAAUGGAGGGAGUAGGCUCUGUUUAGUUGAUUGAAAUGCAAAAGACGUCCACUUCUCUUUUUUUCUUUGGACAGUAUUUAUAAAUGCAAAUAUGAAUUAUUUCUAGGUUAGCAGUAAUAAUAGUACUUUUGCAGCUAAGAUAUUGCCUGUGGUAAAAAACCAGCACCUGCUGUUAUGUACACUUCUGAUCUGCAAUGCUAUAGCCAUGGAGGCAUUGCCAAUAUUUCUUGAUGGCUUGGUGACUGCUUGGGGUGCGAUUUUGAUCUCUGUGACAUUGAUUCUGCUGUUUGGUGAGAUCUUACCACAAUCCAUCUGCUCACGCUAUGGGCUGGCGAUUGGCGCCUCAGUUGCUCCAUUUGUCCGAGUGCUUGUUUGGAUCUGCUUUCCUGUUGCAUUUCCGAUAGCCAAGCUGCUGGACUAUAUGCUUGGUCAUGGUAAAGCAGCCCUUUUCCGUAGAGCUGAGCUAAAAACACUUGUGACACUGCAUGGAAAUGAGGCUGGUAAAGGUGGAGAGUUAACCCAUGAUGAAACUACUAUAAUAGCUGGAGCUCUUGAACUCAGUGAAAAGAAAGCUAAAGAUGCUAUGACGCCGCUUUGUGAAACAUUUGUGAUUGAUAUAAAUGGGAAGCUCGACAGGAAACUAAUGCAAGAGGUCAUUGAGAAGGGUCAUAGCAGGGUGCCAGUUUAUUAUGAAAGGGAGACAAACAUUAUUGGAUUGAUAUUGGUGAAGAAUUUAUUAUCGAUAAACCCUGAUGAUGAAAUACCCAUAAAGAGUGUAACUAUCCGCAAAAUUCCUCGCGUUUCAGAAGACUUGCCCCUCUAUGACAUCCUAAAUGAGUUCCAGAAGGGCCACAGCCACAUGGCAGUUGUCAUCAGGCAAAACAUUCCAGACUACCCAGCUAAACAGCUCAACAAUGGUGGUGAAACUCUUGAGGUUGCCAUUGCCAUCGAUGAUAAACCUGGUGAAAAGUCUGUGAAAAACCUUACUCCUCUGAGGAGAUGGAAGAGUUACCCCAACACCCUGAACUCUAAUACAGGAAGCAGGAGGGGCAAAUGGUCCAAGGAUCAAUCAGAUGUUCUUCAAGUACACGAGGAGCCAUUGCCCACGCUCAGCGAAUAUGAAGAAGCUGUGGGUAUCAUAACAAUGGAGGAUGUCAUUGAAGAACUGCUACAGGAAGAGAUAUACGAUGAAACAGAUGUACACGUUGAGGAGCAAGAUCAAUAACACAUUGCUGGAGUUUCCACUCCCCAUUUUGGACCUGAAAAGUCACGUGCCACGCCAGUUUUGUGCUGAGGGGGAGAACAAUCUGUAAUGAAACGUUGUAGUAGUAAAUGUGUAUAGACGAUGAUACUGAACAUUAGUUCGUAUGAACUGUUGAUGUGAAUGUUUAGUACGUUGGUAGGAAGAACAUUGGAUUGCGCUUGGCCCUGAAGCUGCAGGAUUGCAAUGUUCCUGGAAACCGUACCGAGCAUCCUGAAUUCCUGAUUCCCGAGACGUUGACGCGGCAGUGGUACAUCCUGAUUCCUGAGAAAACCCCAUCCUGAACCUGUCGGAGGGAGCCGGG